AUGCCUGGCAAUGGCCCGGAAUCACCCACACUGCACGGAAUGUCACUGGAGGCAAAUGCUACGCCAGAUCCUACCGGUGCAGUCGCUCCCGAUUACGAGGAUCUCGACCCUAAGGACCUGCUUACACCGGAACAACGAGCAAAGAAACUCAUUCGAUCGCUGGCAGCCAGAAUUAUACUGGUGGACACCGAGGUCUCGAGCUACCUCGCUUUUAAAGAGCGAACCGGCAAACUGAGCAGAUACAUUUUGCAAGAAGACGUCGCUUCCACUUUGAUCAAGCUGUACGACAUUUGUGGUCAUUUCUCCGACCGCAUUACUCAACAACGAGCGGUCGGGAAAUACUAUUGGCCCUCGAGGUUUCACGACAUCGUCAAACACUGCCGCGAGACCGCAGGGCGAGCGCUACAUCCUGGUAGGAGUCGACUACUGCACUCGAUUCCUAUUCGCACGACCCUUGGGGCAGACAUUACUCCAGAAGACCAGGUACGGGUGCAGUCUAUACUCGAUAAGAUGAAGACGGACCUAUCAGCUCUCCUGUUAGCGUCGUUAGCCGAGGAACACCACGCAGUACGACUUGCGAGACUGGACGAGAUCAGGACAUCGACACUCGACAGACGAUUGCGCUACCAAAUGAAAUUGGCAGAAGACGAUAAGAAGCGGGGGCCAGCACUGAAGGCAGGGGACGCCGUAUUAGUCAGAAGGCUGCAACAAGAUCAAGAGCACGGACACAAGUUCGAAGUGAAAUAUGAUAGCCUAUACAUCUUAGAGAAGAUCACAUCGUCAGGACAAGCGGGGAUACUGAAGUCUAUGCAUGGGGAGUCUCCGUUGCAGGGCAAGAAAUACUACUUGAACGACCUACGGCUCUUUGUUCCAGACUCCGAAGGCCGCUGGAAGAAGACCUCCAAAGCGAACCGCGCGAUUCAGCUUAAGCUAAGAGGGGAAGUUAACCAGCGCCGCAAGUUCAAGAAACACAACAAAGAGCGAGUAGCGCAAGGAUUGCCAGAGCUGCCCAACCCCGACCGCCGACAUCACCCUGCUAUCGACGACCCACUAGGCCCACGAGAUGUCAGCUGGAAUCCAUCGAUCGGAAUCGGUGAGCCAGCUAAAGCAGACGAAACAUCGACAGCAUACUGGGACCGCAAGUCCGUUGCGCUGUCCGAUCUUCUCAAAUGA